UGAAGAAAACAACUCGCAUGUCCCAUUGAAAAACAGCUGAGGACCCGAAAGGAACGAGCGGAUGAAGAGAGAGUGGGGUUGCGCGAGGAGUGGAACAGCAGACAAAAGAAGCUGCGGCUGCGUUGAGGGUGGCGUCCUGGGAGCACGAUAGCUCGCUGUCCACUUCAUUUCUUGAGUAUUUUCAUCAGUAAAACGCAUCGAGGGCGGGAGAGCUCUGAAGGCCGUUGUGAUAUUUCGAGGUGCGUCGUAUUGAGGGACUCGAUACAGGACUGGGCGCAUCUUAUAUUGCGCGAUAAAGCAGAACAAAGGGAGUCUUGGACGAGGAAUAAGCGAGCCGAGCGUGGCGCCGCUGAAACAGGGCCAAAUGUUCUUCUGAGAGCCGCAAUAGGCGCAAACUCUUCUGAAACAACAUUUACACAACAACGGAGGAGACCCGAACGGCAAGAAACGCGUAAUUCACAAUGUUUCCCCAGAAUCGACCCCCGGCACCUCUGCAACCUCCCCCUGGGUCAUCAGCUUCGGCCGCAGCAGCAGCCGCGGCCGCUGCGGCAUCAGGGUCAAACCAACCUCUAAAACUCACCUACCCCGAGACCCUGGACCGUAUAAAGGAGGAGUUCCAGUUCCUACAGACCCAGUAUCAUAGUCUGAAGUUGGAGUGUGAAAAGCUGGCCACGGAGAAGACCGAAAUACAGAGACAUUAUGUCAUGUACUACGAAAUGUCCUACGGCCUCAACAUAGAAAUGCACAAACAGACGGAGAUCGCCAAACGGUUGAACGUGAUUUGCGCCCAGCUCAUUCCAUUCCUGUCACAGGAGCACCAGCAGCAGGUGGUCCAGGCCAUGGAGCGCGCCAAACAGGUGACUAUGGGGGAGUUGAAUGCGUCGAUAGGGGUACGUGGACUCCCCCCUCUGCCUCCCACACAACAGCUGCAAGCCCAUCAUCUUUCCCAGCAUGCAGCUCAAGGCCUACCCAUGGCCCCUCACCCAUCCGGUCUGUCUCACCCAGGUCUGGCUCUGGGGGGCGGCUCUGGGCUUCUGGCCCUUUCCGGGGCACUUGGGGCCCAGCUGGCCGCCAAAGACGAGAGAGCCCACCUUGAGGCCGUGGCGGCGGCCGCCGCAGCUGAACAUCACAGAGACUGGCAACGGGGACGUUUUCCCGCCCUUCCCAUGUUCCCCUCAGACCGUGAACCUGGACCAAGUUCGCUCUCUAAUGGAGACAAAGGCAGGCCAUCAGACUACCUCAGCAAUGGAAAAAAGAGGAAAGCAGAUGAAAAGGAGUUUAUGACAGACUAUGGCAGCGACGCAGAGAAAAGCGACGAUAAUUUGGUUGUUGACGAGGAUCCUUCUUCUCCACGGAGCGUGCACUCUUAUUCCUCCAGAGAGAACGGAUUAGAUAAACUCCCCCCUUCCCGUAAGGAGCCUCUGCCUCAGGCCAGCCCGACCUCGCUGGCUUCCUCCAGCAGCGCCGCCUCCCCCUCACGCAGCAAGGAGCCUCCACCGAGAGAGAAGUCCAGCACGCCGGGGAUGAAGCCCGGCACGCCCAUGUCGCAGGAGUCAUCCACUCCAGGCCCCAGCGUACCGCCUCAGUUUCGCCCCGUUCCUGGGAAAGCAGGGGUCGACCCCCUUGCAUUAGGUCUGAGGAAUCCGUUAGCGGUGCAAGGUGCAUACCCCCCUGGUGCUUUCGGCCUGCCUCCCCCGGGUGUUAACGGGGAGUUGGCGGGAGCCGCCGGAUACAGCGCGGGUCUCCACCUCGUCUCUCCUCAGAUGAACGGCUCUGUUGCAGCUGCCGCCGCUGCUGCUGCGGCCGCAGCUGGAUACGGACGCUCGCCUGUGGUGGGCUAUGAGUCUCCUCACCCUCAUAUGAGAGUACCGGGGUUACCCGCUAGCCUCCAGUCUGCAGCCUCCGGAAAACCCGCUUACUCGUUCCACGUGAGUGCAGAUGGUCAGAUGCAGCCCGUGCCCUUCCCUCCCGAUGCCCUCCUCGGACCGGGUAUCCCACGGCACGCCCGUCAGAUCCACACCCUCAGUCACGGAGAGGUGGUGUGUGCGGUCACCAUUAGCACGUCCACACGUCACGUCUACACCGGCGGCAAAGGCUGCGUCAAAGUGUGGGACAUCAGCCAACCGGGCAGCAAGAGCCCCAUGGCCCAACUCGACUGUUUGAAUAGAGACAACUAUAUUCGCUCAUGUAAGCUCCUCCCCGAUGGGCGGACCUUGAUAGUUGGUGGCGAAGCCAGCACGCUGUCAAUCUGGGACUUGGCCACGCCCACUCCACGCAUCAAAGCCGAAUUAACAUCCUCUGCUCCGGCAUGCUACGCUCUGGCCAUCAGCCCAGACAACAAGGUCUGUUUCUCCUGCUGUAGUGACGGAAACAUCGUGGUGUGGGACCUGCACAACCAAACGCUUGUCAGGCAAUUCCAGGGUCACACAGAUGGAGCCAGUUGUAUCGACAUCUCCAACGAUGGCACCAAACUGUGGACGGGAGGUCUGGACAACACAGUGCGCUGCUGGGACCUGAGAGAGGGACGGCAGCUCCAGCAGCAUGACUUCACCUCACAGAUCUUCUCUCUGGGUUACUGUCCUACGGGAGAGUGGCUUGCGGUGGGGAUGGAGAGCAGCAAUGUUGAAGUGCUUCACGUCUCCAAACCAGACAAAUACCAGCUGCACCUUCAUGAGAGCUGCGUUCUCUCGCUCAAGUUUGCCUACUGCGGUAAAUGGUUUGUAAGCACAGGCAAAGAUAAUCUACUGAAUGCAUGGCGAACCCCGUAUGGAUCAAGCAUAUUCCAGUCUAAGGAAUCGUCCUCCGUUCUCAGCUGUGACAUUUCUCCUGAUGAUCAGUUCAUUGUCACUGGCUCUGGAGAUAAGAAGGCUACUGUGUAUGAAGUCAUCUACUAAACUGAAUGUGUUUGUCGUUCAUAAAGAAAAACUGAUUGGAAGGAGGAGACCAGGUUCCUCAUUAUUUUGCCUCUGAUGGACACUGACGUAAAUAUGGACUUUGGGACGACCGUACUCUUCAUUCGAAUGCCGCUAGAAAUGACCCCGGGGUCUGACCUUGUUUUUUUAAUGCUGUGAGAAAGCUGGUAGUCUAGCUUCGAAGACAUGGAAUUUCUCCAAAGACCUGCUCUUUAUCUUCUUGUUCUUUCUUUUUUAAAAACAAGAUAAAACCUCUGUAGUGAAUAUAAUAGUAAAAGAAAUCUUAUUUUUUUAGCCUUUGGAAUUUUCACAAAAAUGGACGAUUUAUGGAGCCGCGGCGUGUGAGUGAGUUAUGACGGGACCUAAAGGAACGGCCUAAGAUGACUAUUGCUCAUGUUUCUAAACGCUCUCUUCAUCUUGACUGUGUUAUGAUUGUAUGAAUGAUGUAUCAGAUGAUGGGCUUUAUGAUGUUGAACAACAAGGAUUUUAGUGUUUCAUUGACUUCAGGGAAAUGGCUGUAACGACGCUCAGUUAAUCACAUGAAUACUGUAUGUUGGAGCAUGUUGAAAUUUAUUUGACUGUUCGGUCGCAAACUUGUAAAUAAAGCU